CAGCGGAAGUAGUUUGAGCGCACGCGAGCGAGGUCACAUUGGUACAGUUUUGUAAUGUUUUGAUUAACACCGCUACAAUGGAGGCAGCUAACACAGAGGAGAUCCAUCUGAGACAUGUGGAGAAAGAUGUCCUAAUCCCCAAGUUGAUGAGGGAGAAAGCCAAGGAGCGCUGCGCUGAGAAAGUUGAAGCCUUCAACCACUGCUGCAAAGAAUCUGGUUUCUUCAUGGUGUUUAAGUGUCGAGAGCAGAAUGCUGCACUGAAGGAAUGUCUGACAACAUACUUCAAGGACCCCGCGUUCUUCGAGGAGUGCAAGCAGGAGUACGUCCAAGAGAGACUGGAGUUUGAGAGGACAGGGAUCCGAGGAAAGAACAGGCAACAAAAACUCCCAACCAGCAUGUAAUGAAUGACAUGAUACUCAAACAACGCUCUUUUGAAGGUUAAGGUGUGGAGUGUGAUGCUCUGGCCAUAACUGGUCUUGCAAGUCCUGCACACCCAGGAUCCAUCUGGCAGGGUUACUCAAAAAGGCAAAAGCCUGUGUUUUCUAUUUAAAGCUGUGUAAUUAGUCAUUGAAACUGCUUUUGUUUGCAAGAGUGGUAUAUAAUCAAAAUAAUGCCUGUUUUUUUAUGUUCUGUAUAUUUGCAAAGUGUUGUCUGUCAAAUGGUGAAUGAUCUUCCUCUCUUGAUUGAAUCAGCAGCACUACAUUACAUUUACCAAUGAGCUUAUUGAAAGAUCUGAGUGUGGUCACCAGUCACCUCUGUGGUUCAGCUUUGGAAGCAUGCAGUCAAAAACUGAGGUAUGCUUUAUAUUUGCUGAACACUUUGUAGUGUGUUUCCGUUGGACAUGUUCAUGUUCAUCUGCAGAGGAAUGUGUAUACUAACAAAGGAUUUCAAAAAGACUUGUAAAUUAAAGAAACUUGCACAGAGACGUCUGACAUCUAACCAAGGGAUGACCUGUGUGAUGACAUGACAUAUGCACUGAAAUGUGACACUGUAAAUAAAACAAUAUUCAGUAGUAUAUCAGUGGCAAAUGAGACAAAACAUAAAAUGUUGAUGAAUGCUCCAUGGUACAGAUAAACUUUAAGCAUGUAAGCAUUUAAACAUGAUUGGCUUUAAUUAGCACAGCUUUGGUUGACAGUUUUCUGGGUUUUCAUUUCUUUUGUAUUUAGACAUUGUGUUUGACAUUGAAUGAGCUGAGCAUCGGCCUCACAGUCAGACCACGCUAACACAACAGUCUGAAGAUGAGUAAAUUAAGAAGGAUUUUGAAGACUUUUAUCACUUUAUUCAAUCAAUUGUGUAUAAAUAUAAUAAUUCAAAAAAACCCAAAAUAUUUUGGUUCUCUUGUUUUUCCAUCAUAAGCACUUUACCUUCCUUUGUUUUC